AUGACAGCAGCAAAUCAAUACUGCAACCAAGAUGGCAAGGAAGACUUCGGCGACUUCGUGCGUAAUGAAGACGAGGAAAUGGACCUAGAAGAGGUUGCCGAGCCCUGGGACAGAUAUGAUAAAAAGAUAACCUCAGAUGUCUUCUAUCCCAUCCGCCUUGGAGACCUGAUCAAUGAGAGGUACCUGGUAGAGCAUAAGCUUGGAUCCGGCGGCUUCUCGACUGUCUGGAUGGCCAAUGACCAGCAAAAUAGCAGGGACGUUGCCCUCAAGAUUAUGUUUGCAGGAGAAUCGGGUGAAAGUGAGAUCCGCCUGCAGGACGAAAUCGUUCGGAAUGUGCGUGAUGCCUCCUCUCAUUUUGUGACGUAUCUGGAAACCUUUCUACUUCCAGGAGAUGGAUGUCACCAUACGGUUCAAGUAUUUCCUUUAAUGGGCCCAUGUCUUUACUGUCCGAACGCGUCGGAGAGUUUACACGAGGCCGGAAUAGUCCACCGUGAUUUGAAUGAGAGAAAUUGUAUGUCGGGAAUGCAACCCCUCCACCUUCUACCCAGGACAAAUGAACCGGUGGACGAUCUCUGGAAGGAAGGGGAGCUCGUUGGACCUGCUAAUAUCUCCCAAAGCCUACAAACCCAAAAAUUCUAUCUCAGCGACUUUGGUCUGGCAAAGAAACUGAGCGAUCCCGUGACUCCACGUGGCUAUCCACCAUUACAAUAUUGCUCCCCGGACCGCCUGCAUAGACAAGAUCCCAGUCCUGCCUGCGACAUGUGGAAUUAUAUGAUCCUCUUCUCGGAACUUUACCUUGGCAACGUGCCUUUUUCUACGUUUUUCAAUGGUGGAAUUAUUGGUGUUUUCGUGUUGUCUUUAGGUCCUCUGCCCGAGGAGUGGAAGGGACUCUAUACUCAUCCCGAGAGCCGUGAUUCCUGGUAUGACCAUAAUCAAACUCCCGAUCCCAAAUGGACUCUUGAGUCUAGAAUUGCAAGCUUUUGUCCCGACGCCGACCCAGUGGAGCGGAGCCAUGUGCUUUCUAUUAUGUCUCGUGUGUUUACUUACGACCCGGCGAAGCGUCUGACCGCAACCCAGCUUCUGCGUGACCCUUCGUUCAGAGCUAUCAUGGAGAAUCAUGGCUGUUGAUACC